UAGUAGUGUGUAAGCAAAAAUCUUAAUCCAUUCCACUCAGUUGAAAUAAUUUUUUUCUCAUUUCAGUUGGCCUUUCGAUCUAAAUUUAAGCAGCAAAAUUUUGAUUUUAAGCGUAGAGAAAUUCUUGUUUGAGAACCGGUAUUAUGGAUAGUGCGCAGAGUAUAGAACACAUGGCGCAGAGCAAGGAGCACAGCCAUAUGCAUUUGAGUGCAUAUCUUCAGCUCGUUUUAUUGGAAAUGGAAUUGGAAGGGCAGGUCGAAAUAGCCAGAAAUACAUCACAUAUUGAAGUUCGUAAAUUCUGUCACGAUAUAUGGCAUAAAACCGUUCCUUUUGGUAAAACCCUCAUCGCUGCCAAUUUACCAACGUACUGUCCCAGCAUGCUGACAUCUUUCAAAUCCCUUGAAAACCAGAUAUAUUAUCUGAAGCAAGUAAAGGAAUGCUUCAGUAGCAUUGAGUUCUUUCAACUUGAGCAGGAGGUGAAGCUGUUUCAGGACGCAGGAUUACGUGAAAUGAAAAAUAUAACAACUGUGAUUAUAGUAGCGGAUCGGGGAGAAGUCACAGACAAAUAUAACGAGGCGUUGGCUCAGUUUCCUCAAUUGUUUCCGAACAUAAACACUUUUGCGUAUUAUCAUAAAUGCCCGCAACCGAAACGCUUAUGUGGCAUCUCUAGCUUUAGAUAUCUCAGAGAUCUACAGCUCGACGAUAUCCACAGUAGAGAGUUGCAGAAAAUCUUUCAGGAAUGCACCGAGCUUGAAGUCUUGACGGUGAAAAAAAUGGGCGGGUUUACAUGUCCAUGGGUAGACGUUUUACAUUGUCACAAGCUUAGAAAAAUAUUACUUGGAUGCGAGCUAUUUCAAAACGCUGCCAAAUACAUUUUAAAGUUAAUCAGGCUGGACCUUCUAUAUCUAAGCGGAAAUCGUGCCUCUAUGGUUAAAGGCAAUAUCGCGACGAUUGUAUCGAGGAAGUCCAAUGCCAUUACAUGGAUGUUUUUAUCCAUACUUAAAGACAGCCAUAUCGACCUCUCGGAGUGUUACAAUCUAACAUAUUUCGGAUUUACUUACAGUGCCCAGGAACCAGUUAUAUUCUUACCACAUACGGUUGAAGUAUUGCAGGUGCAGUCGUGCGACAUAAUGCCGAGUCCAUUCCUCUUGAAUAUAUUACGACAAUGUCAACGCUUGAAAACCAUUUACCUCCAUUAUGCGGAGCUCAAUGAGAACAUUAUCUAUGAAAUCGCUGAUUGGAGUGAAAUCCUCCAUCGAAAAUCUCCACUCGAAGUUAUCUAUUGGGAUAAUGCGGAUGAGAUGCCAACUUCAUUGAAAUCAUUCGUUGCGUCGAAAAACAGGUACAUUACGGUGGAAAAGAAAACAUUUAGGACGAAUGAGGGUUGUAUUUUUAUAUUUUCGUGUUAGUUUGAAAUUGACAAUAAUUUUGAGAUCAACGAGCAUAUACUUAGUUGUGUAAUCAAAUACAAAACGAAAAGCCCUUUGCCUCUUUCCUACUGAUAAUAAUCGAUAAUUAAUAGCGGGUUGGCAGGGCCUUGAAUCGUUCGAUAAGUGUCAAUCGAAUCGAUUCGUAAGCUCAAGAAGAAGAGAGUAUUUGAUUUUCGACAUGAUUCUAAUGAUUCAUUCGGA